AUGGGCCUUGCCGAACGGCAAGGUCCAUACGGAUUCAAAACAAGGGCCACCCAUCCUCGGUUCCACACUCACCUAUGCUCAAACUCCAGCGAAUCCGACAAGGACCUAGCUCACGGGAUGACGACACUACGGACCCAGCUCCGGAUCGUCUCGGAAACCAUGCACUCAGACCCACUCCUUGCCGAAGACAGAUCAGCCCUCCUUGGGUCCCUUGCCGAACGGCACCCGCCGCCCGGAAUCCUUCCUCCUGGCAGCUGUCUCGGAGCCCAGCUCCACCUUCACGCUGAAACCGCUGGUUCCUGUGGCCAAGGAACUCGAAAGUCCUAG